GGACGGAUUGGCGUCUGUCAGGUGACCGCUGAGGGCACCAUAAAUACCUUAUCAUUUGUGUCCAAAAGAGCAAGUGUCUCGAGCUGUCAUUGAGUAGCUACUGUCAAGUUACACAUCGUUUCCUCUUGUCUCCCAACCUCAAUUAACAGUUCGGCUGUCUUCCUCUCAUCUCUAGCAAUGGCUGCACGAGCUGUCCUCCAAUCUCAUGGGUCGAGAGCUGCGACUGUUGGCCUCCUGACUACUGCGGGCGUGGGAUUGUAUGCCGCUAGAUCCUAUUUCAUAAAUGAUGCAUAUGCAGAAUCACCAGAAUCACUAGAGCCACCGGCAGUAUUUUCCAGUUGGUUUGGUCAAUCGUUGAGGCUUGAGAAUUCGGAAUCUGUGAACCAUAACACAAAGCGUUUGCGUUUCGAGUUUCCUAACUCUGGUGCGAAGAGCGGGCUUGUGUUGACGUCUUCCUUAUUGGUGGUUACCUGGCCCAAAGGAAAAACUUUCCCAACUGUCAGACCCUACACACCAGUGAGUCCACUUGAUCAACGCGGAGCCAUCGAACUCUUAGUCAAGAAGUACCCAGACGGGAAAGCCAGCGGCUACCUCCACGGUCUCUCACCAGGCGACAGCCUCUACUUCGCCGGUUCUUUAAAGGCCUACCGUUGGACACCUAAUCAAUAUUCGCACAUCACGCUUAUCGCUGGUGGUGCUGGUAUAACGCCUUGCUACCAACUCAUUCAAGGCAUCCUCUCCAACCCUUCGGACAAUACCAAAAUCACGCUCAUUUUUGGCGUUAACAGUGACGCCGACGUGCUCUUCCGAAAAGAGUUCCAAGAGUUAGAAAGGAAUUUCGGAGGGAGGUUCAAAGCUGUGUAUACGGUAAGCAGACCUGUGGAUGGAAGUCAGUACCGCAAAGGGUAUGUGACAAGGGAGUUGGUAGAGCAGGUUUCUGGACGGCCUGUGGAGGGAGAGGAGACGAAGAUUUUUGUUUGCGGACCGCCGGCUAUGGAGAAUGCGUUGUUGGGGGCUAGCUCGUUCAAGAGUGGGAAAGGAGGCAUCUUGGAGCAGCUGGGGUAUAGGAAAGAUCAGAUACAUCAGUUUUAACAGGGGAUCUGGAAGACGUUGUCGUUUUUACGUAAUUGGAGGUUGAAAAUGUGUAUAGGAUCAUUUGGAUCUUCGUCUUGGAAUCAGAUCAUUUGCGUUACUUUUUUUUAGCACGAGUAUCUUGACCUUUGGACAGAAGACAAUGUAAAUCAAUGAAUGAAUUUAAAGCAACGAUCUCACAAGCUAACAAAGCCAUCCCUUUCAGGAAUUAUGAGAAUGUGAUGGGACAAGAUCAAAAUUAGAAAAACAAUCACAAAGUUCAAGGUCAGCCGCAAUCUAAUCGACAUUAAAUCAUGGUCUCGACAUUUUGGAACUCGAUCUCUGUACGUCAGGGGUUAUAAUUGCUCUAGAAAAUCAUAAGAACAGGAGGAGAACUUCGAGCACGAACAAUUCACCUGAAAACCACUUUCA